AUGUUUAGAAACAAUUACGAUAACGAUUCCGUCACAUAUUCACCCACUGGGAGAUUAUUCCAAGUAGAGUACGCCCUUGAAGCAAUCAAGCAAGGAAGUGCCGCUGUGGGCUUGACCUCCAAAAACCAUGUUGUAUUGGUAGCCUUGAAGCGUAAUGCUGAAGAAUUGGGAUCAUUUCAAAAGAAACUCAUCAAGAUUGACGACCACAUUGGAAUUGCAUUGGCUGGAUUGGCCCCUGAUGCGCGAGUAUUGUCCAACUAUUUAAGAAGACAGGCGAUGUCGAGCAAGAUGAUUUUCGAUAAGCCUAUCCAGACAUACAAGGCCGUGUUGUCGAUUGCCGACAAGGCCCAGGAGAACACCCAGACCUACGGUGCUAGACCAUACGGAGUGGGGUUGUUGAUUGGAGGAUACGACGAGACUGGGGCACAUUUGUUUGAGUUUCAACCUUCUGGUAGUGUGUUGGAGUACUAUGGUGCUGCCAUUGGGGCCAGAUCACAAGCAGCCAGAACUUACUUAGAGAGAAAUUUAGACGAGAUUAGAAACAGCGAAAGCACCGAAGCGUUGAUUGUUCAUGGAUUGAAUGCAUUGAGGGAUACCUUGUCUCAAGAUAUCGAGUUGACGAAUAAGAAUACUUCGGUGAGCAUAGUUGGUAAGGACCAAGAGUUUGUCGUGUAUGACGACGAAGAUGUUCAACAAUGGUUAGAUAAGUUAGACUCUGUUUCUAAUGCCAGAAAUAGAGACGACGACGAUGACAACAACAACAACAACAACAACGAUGAAGAAGUUAAGGAUGAAGAAGUAAAGGAGGAAAAUGCUGAAACUACUGAAAGUGCUGCUGAUGCUCCAGAUACUACUGAAGGAGAUGAUAGAAUGGAAACUGAUGAAUAG